AUGAGACGGGCGACCGGUGUCUUCUAUUGUUUAGCAUUACUUCUACAUGGCUGCCUUAUUGUGGAUGCUGCCAAAAUUCUGGUCUAUUGUCCGUCUAUUAGCAAGAGCCACAUCCUUUUGUGUGCUAAGUAUGCCGACCUUCUACACAAUGCAGCACAUGACACGGUGCUAUUUAUCCCUUCCUACUCAACUCCAUUGGACAAUUUUGACGGUGCGAAACACGCGAAAGUAUGGAGACUUCACAACGUCACCGAUGCGUACGACCAAAAGUUCGAUUCGCUGGCUAGUGUGAUGGAAGACUCUCACAUCGGAUUCAUCGACCGUUUGAGAUAUGAUGUGGAUUUCUGGAUGGAAAUGUGUGAAGAUUAUGUCAAGCAAAUCCAUCGGUUGCAACAUUUGGCCGACUACAACUUUGAUCUAGCCAUGUUCAACGAUAUCGACCCUUGCACCCCGGCUAUAGUUAGGUACCUCAACAUCUCGAAGACAGUGCUGCUUUCAAGUGAGGCCAUCAUGGACAAGAUUGCGUGGGAUCUAGGCCUGCCGCUACUCCCGUCGUAUGUGCCCAGCAUGGAGGAAAAUCCGAACCACGAUCGGAUGAGCUUUUUUGAACGAAUGUCAAAUGCAUAUAAAUAUUUCCAAUCCAUUGUUGUCCAUUAUCUUCAAGAGAGACGUGUCCUUCAUAUUUUCCAAGAACACAUUUCUCCAGAUUUUCCAGCUAUCAGAGAAAUAAUCAGAAAUGUCUCGUUGGUUCUUGUCAAUACAGAUGAAAUAUUUGAUAUCUCAAGAGCGUUUUCUCCAAAAUUUGUGUACGUGGGAAUGAUUGGAGCGGAUAACAACGUCGCUCUACCUAAGCACCUCGAUGAAUAUUUCAGCAAAGGAAAGCUAGGAUCCGUAUUUGUCUCUUUUGGAACAGUAACCCCAUUUCAAGUGCUUCCUCACAGAAUCCAGUUAUCCAUUUUCAACGCCAUACAGAAACAUCCCGACUAUCAUUUUGUCCUUAAAACAUCAUCUGAUGACAACACGACUGCACAGCUUUUUUGCGAUGUUCCAAAUGUUGAUUUCGUCAAUUGGGUACCGCAGAAUGCGAUUUUAAAUCACAAGAACUUAAAAUUAUUUGUAUCACAUGGCGGGAUGAACAGUGUCUUGGAAACUAUGUACUAUGGAGUGCCGAUGGUAAUCAUGCCAGUGUUUACUGAUCAAUUCAGAAAUGGGAAGAAUGUUGAGAGACGAGGCGCUGGAAGGAUGGUUCUCAGAGAAACAGUUGGAAAUGAAACGUUCUUUGAUGCCAUUGAUGAGGUUUUGAGCGACAAACGAUACGAAGCAAGUGCCAAACGUAUAUCUCAGCUCAUGAAAAACCGCCCAUUCACACCAGAAGAAAGGGUUGCAAAGUGGAUCAAUUUUGUGUUAGAACAUGACACGGCCGAGCAUUUCCAUCUUGAGAGCAAUAGUUUAUCGUUUAUCGAGCAUAAUCAUUUUGAUAUCCUCUUCAUGUUUCUCGUGCUCCCAGUAAUCACUAUUUUUGUUUAUAGACGUUUCACAUCAAAAUCAAAUCAAUAA